AUGAAGUCUUUUUUGGACCUCGCAGUCCUCCUGUGGCUUCUCCCCUUUUCUUAUGCUUUGAAGUUCGAACUCCCUGCACAUUCGGGCCACAGCGCGAAGAACGAGCGAUGUAUACGAAACUUUGUGACCAAAGACACGCUCGUCGUCGUCACCGCGAUCGUCAGCGGCAGUAGAGGCGACGGACAGAUGGUCAAUAUGCACAUCAAAGACGCUGUCGGCAAUGACUACGGCCGGCCGAAAGAUGUGGCGGGGGAGAAGAGAAUGGCUUUUACGAGUCUGGCGGACACUGCAUUUGACGUUUGUUUCGAGAAUACCUUGGUUGGGCGAUCGCAUGUGCAGAACCCAUCUCGCCACGUCGAACUCGAUAUCGACAUCGGCGCCGACGCGCGCGACUGGUCGGCGAUCCAGGCCUCGGAGAAGCUGAAGCCCGUUGAAACCGAACUGCGGCGGAUCGAGGAGACGGUCAAUGAGAUUGUGCAGGAACUGGAGUAUCUACGACUUAGGGAGCAGAAACUCCGAGACACGAACGAGAGCACGAACGAACGAGUCAAGUGGUUCGCUCUGGGCACAAUGGGGAUGCUGGUGGGCUUGGGUGCGUGGCAGGUUGUAUAUCUGCGAGCUUACUUCAGGUCCAAGCACCUCAUCUGA